GAAUCCCAGGAGCGCAUUGGCAAGCUUAUCGACAUCUCCAGAGUCGCCAUGCACUACGGAUAUCUGCCCCUGAUUCUGUACCUCGGUUACACUCGCAGUGUCCCUAAGCCCUCCAUCAUCCGCCUUCUCUUGAUCUCUAUGACACAAAACCAUGCGGGCCUUUCACCCGCCCUUGUCGAGACCAUUUCCGGGCUGACCGCGGGAUCCGUGGCGACCCUUGUAGUUCACCCGCUCGACAUCGUCAAGACGCGGAUGCAGCUUCACCGCAGCAGCGCGCCCACCUCCGCGAGCUUGACCACCAUCUCGCUCAUCCGCACCCUUACGCAGACGCCCAAGCCGCUGCGCGCGCUCUACCGUGGCCUGACGCCUAAUCUCCUGGGCAAUGCGUCGAGCUGGGCCUCGUUCUUCUUCUUCAAGGCUCGUGCUGAGCGGGCCCUUUUAGGUCUCAAGGACUCGCCACAUGAUGGACUGACCGGAACAGACUACUUUGCCGCCUCGGCAAUGGCAGGCGUUGGGGUCCAGAUCAUGACAAAUCCCAUCUGGGUCCUCAAGGUCCGGAUGUUGUCUUCGGAUCGCGGGGCCGUGGGGGCGUAUCCGAGUAUGUGGGCUGGAGCAAAGCAGCUCUACAGGACCGAAGGCUGGAGGGGCUUUUAUCGAGGGUUGGGAAUCAGCUUGUUCGGCGUGAGCCAUGGUGCCGUGCAAUUUGCCGUGUACGAUUCGGCCAAGCGAAUCUACUUCGCGCGGCGCAGGGUACGACUGGAAAGUGAAGGCAAGGCAGCCCAGGGGCCGCUCAAGCUCACCAACGAGGCUACACUCGUGCUUUCGAGCGCGUCGAAGCUGGUCGCUGGUGCCGUCACAUAUCCGUACCAGGUCAUUCGCAGUCGGCUGCAGAACUUUAAUGCGGACGAAAACUAUGGCCGGGGUAUUCAAGGGGUCGUGAGACGGACUUGGCAGCACGAGGGCAUCAGGGGCUUCUAUCGCGGCAUCGUUCCAGGCGUCAUAAGGGUGAUGCCGGCCACGUGGGUUACGUUCCUGGUGUAUGAGAACAUGAAGUUCUAUCUGCCACAGUGGUUUGAUGAAGGACGGCAACCAAUUUGA